AUGGAAAAUACAACCAAUACCUUGUCAAAGCGAGAAAAAAUAAGAAUUCGCGUUCAGAUAAUUUCAAUAGCGAGAAGGGUUCGAAUUGCACGAUUUCACCGGGCAGUUGGGAGUCAGAACUUAAGAGUCAAUGUAUUUAAAGAACGACCACGUAAUAUAAUUUCUUAUCAAUACGACAUAGCACUGGAAUGGAAAACCACUACCAAUACAAUAAAUAUCUUGGCAAAGAGCAAAAAGACAUGGAAUAGCGCGUUAAAAUAA